GCCACCUGAUUGGUCCUCACUUUUCGGCUCUUGAUUAUUGAGCUCACUGUUAUUUUUACUGUAACCGUGUGUCCUGCUGAACCCGCUCUCGGUCUGGAGGACGUUAUAGGAGGACCCAGGACGGCUGGGUGUAUGUAUGUGUGUUGUUUUUUUAUUAUUAUUUAAAUCCUGGGUGGAUAAGCUAGCUAAAACUUAAACUAAGCUAAGCUAGUUGAAUUUGAAUGGAUCCGAGGGUCGCCUGGAUUCAGCCGGAACAGAAGGGACCUGCUAAUGCGUUAUGGAUGCAUGUGUGGGAGACGUCUCAGGGAAUCCGGGCUAACUCUUCUCACCAUCACCGCCAACAACCACCACCACAGCAGCAACACAGCGAGCCUGGGUGUUCAUCAUCAUCCUCAUCAUCAUCCUCAUCAUCAUCCAGCACCCACCACCAUCCUCAUCCUCCUCUUCCUCCUUCUUCUCACCACAGCAAUGCCAACAGCACUAAUAUCCGGAGCUCCUUCGCGACAUUAUCGAUUAAUAAUAAUAACAACGUUAGCUCCGCGUCACCUCCUCUGAACGCCAGAGAGAUGGCUCCCACUGAGACGGGCUCUCGGUCUGCUCCGGACCCGGACCCGGACUGCUCCUACUCGGUUUCCUCUUCCGCCUUAAGGGCUAACGAGACCAACAAAAACCGCUUGUGUUUCAGUUUCAACGAACUGAACAACGUCAACCAAAAUCACCUUCAUAAUCAUUAUCACCACCAUCAUCAUCAUCAUCAUCACCACCACCAACAUUCGCGAUAUUUCCAUCCGGAACAGCAGCCGUAUUUCCAGCAGAACUGCAUGAAGCGCUACCCGGUCACCCCGGGAUUUAACAACCACAAUAACCACCAUCACCACCAUCACCCGGGACGGAGGAAACAUGAAAAUAAAGCGAGCACAUACGGGAUAAAUUAUCUCCUCUCCAACUGGACUAACGGCAAUCAUGUCAGUCCUGUUACACUGUGGAAAACCAGGACGUACAGCCCAGGACUUAACGGGCUUCAUGAGGAGAUCAUAGACUUCUACAACUUCAUGUCGCCUCGACCCGAAGAGGCCACCAUGAGGCAAGAGGUAGUCGACCGUAUCGAGUCCGUCAUCAAGGAGCUGUGGCCAAGUGCUGACGUUCAGAUAUUCGGCAGCUUUAGCACUGGACUCUACCUCCCAACCAGUGACAUUGACUUGGUGGUGUUUGGGAAAUGGGACAGACCCCCCCUGCAGCAGUUGGAGCAGGCCCUCCGGAAAAAUAACGUGGCCGAGCCAUGCUCUAUCAAAGUACUUGACAAAGCUACGGUACCAAUUAUUAAACUGACCGAUCAGGAAACGGAGGUCAAAGUGGACAUCAGUUUCAACGUGGAGACUGGAGUCAAAGCCGCCCGCUUCAUCAAGGAUUACGUGAAGAAAUAUACCGUGCUGCCUUACUUGAUCUUCGUGCUGAAGCAGUUCCUCCUGCAGAGGGAUCUGAACGAGGUCUUUACUGGAGGCAUCAGCUCCUACAGCCUCAUCCUGAUGGUCAUCAGCUUCCUGCAGCUCCACCCCCGAAUCGACGCCAGGAACCCCAACAUGAACCUCGGCGUUCUGCUGAUCGAGUUCUUCGAGCUGUACGGUCGCCAUUUUAACUACCUGAAAACGGGCAUCAGGAUCAAGAACGGCGGUGCCUACAUGGCCAAAGAGGACAUCAUGAAAGCCAUGAGCAACGGCUACAGGCCGUCCAUGCUGUGCAUCGAGGACCCUCUUCUUCCGGGUAACGACGUGGGCAGGAGCUCGUACGGAGCCAUGCAGGUGAAACACGUGUUUGACUACGCCUACAUCGUCCUCAGCCAUGCGGUGUCGCCUCUCGCAAACUCCUACCCCAACAAGGACAGCGACAGCACUUUGGGACGCAUCAUCAAAGUCACCCAGGAAGUGAUCGACUACAGGGAGUGGAUCGUUAACAAGUGGGGAAGCAAGCAAAGCGAGAGGAAUAACGGUCCUGCUCAUAAAGACUCGGCGGAGCAGGCGGACUCGAGCGCUCUGCGCAGCGUCGGAGUGGAGGAGCAGCAGCAACUCCAGAGAGACUCUGCGUCUCCUCACAGCGCCGACUCUCCCAUGUCUCUGUCCAGCCCUCAGCAGCACUCGUCUGCUUCGUCUCUGUCAGGCAGCGACAUCGACUCGGACUGCACGCCGUGCGCGGCCCCGGCAGUGCCCUCGUACCCUCUGCAGACGCUGGCACCGGGCACGCUGAGCAAGGCCAACCUCACCAUGCCACUCACAAUGCCUGCUGCCAACCAGACGAGAGUAUCGAUGCCUGGGAGUCUUCCUCUCCACGUUUUACCUGGCAGACAGCAGGCUGGUCCCAAGGGCUUCCACAACCCGGCUUUACCACACAGCCUCACCCAGUACAACCGCAACAUGUGGCGACAUAGGAAGAGGGACGGUCUACCAACCAGCGUCAGCAGAUAAACACAGCGUACUCCUCCUCCCUACCUCCACCACCUCCUUCACCUUCCUCUCCUCCCCCCAUCCCCCCGCUCCUCUCGUUCCUCCUCUUCCUCCUCCCGUCAUAAAACGAUGAAAACUCGACGAGCCCUCCUGCUGGCGGGGCGCGAGCCGAGAGACCAGCAGUUUCUGCCGCAGCUCCUCGCUCAGCAGCUGCGCUAACGGUGGUGCUACUUUUACUCUCCCACUCCAUCCGUGCACGCGUGUGAAUUUCACAAACUCCACCCACGAACCCUGAGGACGCCCUCAGAGCUGGUUCGACCAUCUACACCACGACUUCUGCUCACAAGGGAAACGUUUUUGUUGUUGUUGUUGCUUUUUUUUUCUUCUGUGCGUGACUUCCCUUUUCAAUCGAGGGUUUUAUGUUUAUUUUCCUAACGGGACACCAUACACAGACGCUAGAUUCAGCGGCUUAUCGGCAUCAUCAUAACAUGGGGAAGGGAUUGUGUUUGUGUGUUUUUUAUUUUUUCUUCUUCACUGUGUGUUUGUGUGUGCAUGCAAUCACAAGUGUUUGAGCAGACAACAUGGAGUGGGUUCUUUGUGCAAUAACUUCUUCUUCUUAUUUUCUCUUUGGGUCACUUUAGAUGAGAACUAUUAUUAUUUAAUUAUGCAUUUUUUCCCUUCUUUUUUUUUUUUUUUUUUAAUCGCUUUUAUUUUUUAGAGAGUUUUUAAUUUUCCAUAAAAUGACACACUCGCCCCUAUUCGGAUUCAAGAAAUCCGUAGACAUUAAGCUUUAUUUGAGUAAUUUCGGAGGCGAUUAAUCCGUCAUAGCCUCACACCCGACCCUGACCACUGAGUGGGAUGGGGGGAUGGGGCAUUGCACUCAGAUGAGGGGUGUGUGUGUGUGUGUGUGUGUGUGAGAGUGAGAUACUGUUUUGAAGAAUGAUUUUAACAGGCUGUCUGCAGGUGGCACCAUUUCCUCAUUUGUCUCCGGAUUUUCUCAGCACUCUUGCGGUGUGUGUGUGCGUGUUGGUGAGAGUGAACGGGUGUGUAUCCUUGAACAUGGGUCUGUCUUAGCCGUAGCUCAGCAUACAUUAGAGCUACGCUGCAUGACAGCCAAAGAAGCCUAUGUUCCAGCACUCGGACCUUCAUGUUAGAUGGUGUGUGUGUGUGUGUGUGUGUGUGUGUGUGUGUGUGUGUUUCCCUUUUAGAUUGCUCUAUGUGUAAGUAAUUCUGAGAGCCUGAGAAGCUGAACUGCACAUGCAGCUGAGAGACGGGCCAAAGCGCCCCUCUUGGACUCCCUGAGCUGUUGGUCAGCACUCAAAUCAAACGAAAAGGGAACUUACUCUGAUUCCUUUCUGGGAUCUUUGUGCUUUUCCAGGUACUUGUAAUAUUUUAUUGCCUUUGUCAGGUUUUUUUUGUUUUGUUUUAUUUUGUUUUGUUCCUGUACUGUAUCAUAUUUCCUGUCUGUAUAUAGCACACUAAACUGUAUUGCUGUUACUUUGGGGUGUUGCAGGCAUACAGGUUGUUGUAACUAUGCAAAUGGCGUUUUGAAUCCUUCUUCGUUUGACAACCACAUCUCGAAGCCCGAGAGGAAAGACGAGAAAGAAUAUGAGUUUAAAAAGGCAGGCUAACCGAGGUAAAUGUGAACGGUUUGUGUAAAGGAAAAAUUUUUUAAAAAACAACCAAAAACAAAACAAAAGGAAAAUAUUUAAAAAAAAAAAACUGACUACUGCUGUCGUAAAGUGUUUUUGCAGCAGGUGGAAUCUUUCCCGUCUCUCUCUCUCUCUCUCUC